AUGACUGUUCCCAGCGCCAAAACUUUACCGGAUAAAGACGCAGCAAUAGCAAAUUUGGAGGCUCCAGGCACUCCGUAUUCACCGAUGAGGAAGGUACGAUUCGAGCCAAUGCGAUCUCCAGAGGAGCGUCCAAAGAAAGAAGACGAUGCUCCGUUGACAGCUAUCGACAUUGAUAGUUCGAUAAAAAGGAGACGCCCGAAGCCGCCAGCGUAUCAGGCAGCAGCAGCAGCAGCUGUGAGACGAGAACAAGACAUGCGCCAAAGAGAAGAAGAGAGAUUUAUGAGACCACCUAUGGAAGAACCGGCGGUAGAGAAACCAGCCUUUCAACGUGUUCCCGAUAUGGUUCCUAUCGAAAAAGGGAUUGAUCCAGGUUAUCCUGCUCAACGUAUAGUUAUCAGCAAAUAUCCGAAUUGCUGUUGUGGAAGGAGAGGUUUGUGUUAUGGAUGCUGUGGCAGAGGUUCUACGUCAAGGCAAAGAGGUUACAUACAAGAUAAUUAUGAAAAUGAUCGCAUUCGAGGAGAACUACAACGUCUCGAUGUAAUACUGAAGAAUCUCGACGACUAA